CUCUCUCUCUCUCUCUCUAGGGUAGAAUUAGAAAGUAACAUGCCCGAGCCCUCGAAUCUCACCCACGUGAAGAGCGCAUCAUCUCUGACCCUACAUUUUAGAUCCAAGGGCUCAUAGCAUCCAUCACCCUCCCUCCCCAAACCCCUCUCUCACGAGCUCCCGAUCCCAAAUCUCGCCCCCUCCGCCGCCGCCGCCUCCGCCGCCGCCGCCGCCGCCGCAGCUCGAUCUCUACGAAACCCUAAACUCCGAUCGAAUCUCUCCUUCGCUGAAGCGGGAUCGACAUGGCCACCGAGGACACCUCGGCGUCCGAGAACCCGCCGAUCGAUCCGCCCCUCUCGCCGCCGUCCACGUCCGAUCCCGAGGAGCCCCGGAUCGAUCCCGCGCCCGGCGACGAGAAGGACGCGAAGGACGCGGACGGCCGGGAUUCGUCGUCCCAGGCGACCGCCGAUGUUCUCAGCGUCGAGGUGGGGUUGGAUCAAGGGAAGAGGGAAGCUCCGGAGGACGGCGGAGAAGGCAACGGAUGCAGGCGCUGCUCCUGCAAGAAGUCCAGAUGCUUGAAACUUUACUGUGCCUGUUUUGCCGGUGGAACCUACUGUUCUGAAUCCUGUGGAUGCCAGUUAUGUUUCAACAAUCCCACUUAUGGGGAAACUGUUCAUUCUACUCGCAAGGACAUAUGGUUACGAAAGGGAUGUUCAUUUCCUUUGAAAGCGAAUGAAACGUCUGAAGCUGCUAGUGGUUCGAAGAAAGAUACAAGCAAGUCUCCUUCCUCAUCCCAGCGCAAAAAAGGAUGCAAUUGCAAGAAGACGAGUUGCCUAAAAAAAUACUGCGACUGCUUUCAGGGCGGCAUUGGAUGUUCGCUACUUUGCAAAUGUGAGGAUUGCCAGAAUAUCUUUGGGAGAAAAGUUGGUGGCUUUUUAGAGGGACAAAGAAACCUCCCUUCUAUCGGAUGGAAUGACGACGAUUAUAGCGACGACGAGGAAGAUGAUUAUACAAUUGCAGCGCGUUCACCCUUUCAUCAAUCUCCGUUCUCUAGGGAGUCCUCGUUCCAUCAAGCGAAUCCGGAUGUUAAAGCAGAUAUGAUGAAUGGCCAAAUAUACUGGCAACUAUCGCCACUAAAGGCACAGCCAUGGCAUCGCGUGAAGAGGCCUAAUGAGGAUAGUGUUGCAGAUAUUUCGCAUAAGCGGCACUUGAAGAACGAAGACAAGUAUACUAUUUCUAGGUGCAUUGAGGUGAUGAGUGGGAUUGCGGAACUUUCCCAAGAGGAGAAGUCGCUAGCCCCCGAUGUCUUCGUGGAUCCUCAUAAUCGGGAAAUAUUUCUCUCACUAAGCGGUGAUGUCCGAUCCAUGUGGUUGAGACGGAAGUUGGAACAACUUUCGUAGGGACAUGGCGCUUGUGUUAAUUGUCUCCAUGUAGGGUGUUUUAUGUUGUGCAUUAAGUGUAGGUCAUGCUUCUUGGCUUUAGAGUAUGUACUAAGUUAAUUAUUAUGUAUGUGAGACUUUUAGUCUAUUAUAUAAGCUUUUCUUGCAAGUAUUUGUAACAUCAUACUCCCUUACUAAUCGAUUUGACUUGGUAUUUCUUA